AGCCAUUUUGGCUCAAGCAAAUAUUGUUCGCAAUAAGCGCGCCAGGCCUCUCCGGCCUCCCAGAGCGGCAUGAGCGAACCCGACCACCCCGAGCAGAUGCAGCUGGAGCAGAGGCAACCGAGGGCACCGGGCGUGGACUUCUCCGAGCAGGCUCCAGCGAGGGCCCCGAGCCUGGACGUGGCGGCGCCGCUCCAGUCGGGCUCGCAAGCGGGCACCAGGGCUGCAAAUGUCGCGCAGUUCACGUUCGUGGAGGCGCUCGCGCAACUCCAGGCUGCGCACAGGAGGGAACUGGAGCACGUGCACAAGGAGCUGCGAAAGACGAACCGGAAGAUGAGCAAGAUGGCUCAGCCGCUCACGGAGGAGCGCAGAGACAGGACGGGGUCCGGCGAGAAUUGGCAGCCCCAGCAGGUGAACGGAGGCGCCCAAGGCUCCGUCGCAGAAGCCCCGAUCGCGCUGAAGAGCCUCCAGGAGGCGGUGGACGGAAGCACCCAGGGCGCCGUUGCGAAUGCCCCGAUCGUAUUGGAGAGCCUCAAGGAGGCUGGCGUUCCAGGGUCCGUCCCCACGCCAGCGGGUCGAGAUGUCCAUGCUGACGGCGGCGCGGUGAGGGCCAUCCUGAAAGCUGACUCUCCGACGGACUCUCCAAAGGUCAGCGACGGCUGGAUCCUCAGCCAGGUAUCCGAUGCAUCCGACAGCUCAGAGGACGAGACUUCUCGAAAGGGCUGGGACGCCAUCGACUUCGCCAUCAGGUGGAAUCCGUUCGUGGAUGGGCAGAACGUGGUAUCAAACUUCAUCAAUAAGUAUAUGGGUAACGACGGCGAAGAGUCCCGGAAGAACAGGAGAGCAUACAAGCUUGUGAAGAGUUUGCCUUUCGCAGCAUUGUCGUACAUUGCGAUCACGUUAAACUCAUUGUUCAUAGGCCUCAGCAUGCAGUUGCAGAUGGAUGCAGCAGUGAAUGGCAGGGGUACAGAGAUGGAAGAGUGGUCUGACUCAGUUGAGCUCGUAUUUGUGGUAUUCUUCACACUCGAGCUCUCCUGCAAGUUGUUAGCGGAGGAUGUUUACGUCUAUUUGGGUAGUGAUUGGCAGUGGAAUGCUUUGGAUACAAUCCUAGUUCUUGCAGGGUUCGUGCAGAUGGUUAUGGACGAACUAUCAGACGCAAAUUCGCCGAAUCUGACGUUCAGCAGGGCGAUCCGGCUAUUUCGUAUCACACGGGUCCUCCGGAUCGUCAGGAUGGUGCGAGUAUGCCAGAGUUUGCGGGUCAUGAUUUUCUCGAUCUUUAAGUCUUUGGACGCGUUGUUUUGGGUAUUGGCAGUGCUUUUAUUCUUCAAGUACAUAUUCGCGAUGAUCUUCAUGCAUGGCACCAUCUCAUUCGUUGAUUCGUACUUCAGAGGCGACACAGGCGCGCUCACUCCUGAGGAGAUGAACAUGUGGCCAACUCCCCAGGACCAUUACGACUACAUCAAGACCAGCUGGGGCAGCAUUGACCGAGCGAUCAUCACCCUCUUCGAGAGCAUCACAGGCGGUCGGGAUUGGGGGGAAGUGUAUUACUCCCUGGUGAAGAUUGGCGUGGGGUAUGGCCUAUUGUUCCUUGUCUACAUCUAUUUUAUGGUGUUCUUGGUGCUCAAUGUGGUUAUUGGCACAGUCGUGGACGUGACUUCUGGCGUUGCUGGACGGGACCGUGACCGCAUGGUCGAGGACGAAAUCAAGGCUCUCAAGGACUACGCACAUGAUAUCAAGGCAUUCUUUCAGCAGGCAGAUGCGGACGGUUCAGGCCAGCUGUCAUGGGAGGAGUUCAGGACUCAUUUGGAGGAUAAUCGCGUGAAGGCGUACUUCCAGACAUUAAAUCUUGAUAUUCGGCAGGCGCACAUAUUGUUCCGGCUUCUGGAUUGCAACGACAAUGGGGAGGUCGGGAUAGAUGAGUUCCUCGAUGGCUGUUUGCGCCUGAGGGGCCAGGCAAAAAACCUCGAUUUGCACUUGGUGAUUUUCCAACUGGAGAAACUCAUCAACGGAACCUCGAUGAUAUCUGGUGGCGCUCGAGAUCCCAAUAGGAAGACCACAGCGAAGAGCCCGAUGUACUCCACUUCUACGAAUGGCAAGAGCUCCUGAUCGCUGCUGGCCUGAAAGAGGUUUGGGGGGCUUCUCCUCCCCCUCAUCCCACUCAUCCUCUCAUCAUCCUCCUCUUCCUCCUCCUCUCCCCCUCGUGUUUUCUCAGUGUGGCUGAUUAAGCACACUGCAUCGCAGCUGUGAUCGCUGGGUGAGCGAUUCGGAACCCGCACGCGGAGUUGAGAGAGCUCUUGUCCUCUCACCGCUUGCAAUCUGUUUCACUCUAGCAUCAUCCCUCCCCCUCCUCCUCCACCUCCUCCUCCUCAUCGUAGCCUUCUUCCACGUCCCUCAUCCUUCUCACCCCUCGCAUCGCAGCAUUUGAAUCCUUGCCUAGUGCCCCGAGCAGGCCUCUCAAUUUAGAGCUGGCCACGGCUGCUGAACGUUUAGUCAGCAGCUACGAUGGGAACGGCACUGUCUCUCCGAGCGGUCUGAGCACACCUGAAACAAA